GCCCCAUACUCCUGCCAGGAACCAUGCGUCCGUGUCGCUCAUCGUGAUUUCCAUCUUCAAUGCGGAUAGGAGUCGAGCUUCUGAAACCUAGCCCCAAAUGGCUGAAGCUCCGUGGUCUGCCAUGGUGGAAAAGCAUGUGGCAUAUAUAACCCCUGAUUCCGGGUAAGGAAUGUCUGUCAAUCGUGAGGCGCGUCACUCUUUUGCGUCCCAAGUCAUUCCUUCAAGACGUUCAUUAUGAUACGUCGUGUUCUUCUGUCGCUCGCUUUGCAGUGCAUGGUCACCGGGACCAUUGCCGACACUCUUUCGAACCACGAACGUGGACUGUUUGGUUCCAACCCCGAAUUCGAUUAUGUGGUGGUGGGUGGUGGCACAGGAGGAAAUACCAUUGCCACCAGAUUGGCCCAGAAGAAUUUCAAGGUUGCUGUGAUCGAGGCUGGCGGAUCGUAUGAGCUCGAGUCGGUGGCCGAGGUCCCUGCGGCGGACGUGCUUCCAGUCGGAUCGGAUCCGAAAACAUCAGCUGCCCAUGACUGGGGCUUUGUGGCAGAGGAUGUGCCGGGAGCGAAUGGGCGGUCUAUUCACUAUGCUCGAGGGAAGUGCUGGGGUGGAUCAUCUGCGAUGAACUUUAUGAUUUACCAACGACCAACCAUCAAGUCCAUGGAGCAAUGGGCCAGUACCGUCAACGAUAGCAGCUACACCUUCGACAAGGUACUCCCAUACUACAAGAACAGCGUCAAGUUCACACCCCCAAACACCCAACUGCGGGCCAAGAACGCAUCUGCCUCCUACGAUGCCAGUGCGUAUGAAUCUACCGGAGGCCCACUGAAAGUGUCCUACGCGAACUACGCAAUGCCAUUUUCGACGUGGAUGGACCUCGGAAUGAAGGAAAUCGGAAUCAAAGAGGCACCAGACUUCAAUCUGGGCUCACUGAUGGGUGGCCAGUACUGCGCGUCGACAAUCGACCCCAGCAGCGAGUUCCGGAGCAGCUCCGAGGCCUCGUUCCUAGCUAACAAGCCCUCCACCCUGACCACGUAUUCCAACACUCUCACGAAGAAGAUUCUCUUCAAUAACCAGAAGCAGGCAACCGGCGUGCAGGUCAAGGGCCCCAUGGGCAACAUCUACACCAUCAAAGCGAACCGAGAAGUCAUCGUCUCGGCCGGUGUCUUCCAAUCUCCCCAGCUUCUUAUGGUCUCUGGAAUUGGUCCGCAAGACCAACUCGAAGAGCACGGCAUCAGCGUCAUCUCAAACCUCCCUGGUGUGGGUCAAAACAUGUGGGAUCAUCCGUUCUUCGCGCCGUCAUACCGCGUCAACGUGCAGACCUUCACUGCCAUUGCCACGAAUCUCCUAGGCAUCAUCGGACAGUUCCUCAGCAUGGUCACCGUAAAGACCGGACCGUUAACCAACCCUAUCGCUGACUAUCUCGCCUGGGAGAAAAUCCCCGCAAGCCUGAGAUCAGCAUUCAGCAGCCAAACCACGACGCAGCUAGCCACCUUUCCCAGUGACUGGCCCGAAGCAGAGUACAUCUCCGGUGCCGGCUUCAUCGGCAACAUGUCCAACCUGCUCACCAACCAGCCCAAAGACGGCUACCAAUACGCAUCCAUGCUCGCCGUGCUCAUCACCCCUACCUCUCGAGGCAACAUCACUCUUCGUUCCGCCGACACCUCCGACCUCCCCAUCAUCAACCCCAACUGGCUUGCCACCCAGGCCGACCAGGAAGUCGCCGUCGCCAUGUUCAAGCGGGUCCGCACCGCGUUCCAGAGCAAGGCUAUGGCCCCUGUGGUCAUCGGCCAGGAGUACAACCCGGGUGUGGAGGCCCAGUCUGACGAGCAGAUCCUGCAAUGGAUCAAAGAUAACGUGAUGACUCUGUGGCAUGCCUCUUGCACAUGCAAGAUGGGUACAUCUGAUGACGAGAUGGCGGUGGUGGAUAGCCAGGCGCGUGUGUAUGGAGUUCAAGGCGUUCGGGUCGUGGACGCCUCUGCAUUCCCAUUCCUGCCUCCUGGACACCCCCAGUCGACUGUUUAUAUGUUGGCGGAGAAGAUCGCCAAUGAGAUUGUUAACGGGGCGUAG